CGCUGAGAGCUGCCUGAUGAUCGCUCCCUGCAGGAGCAGAGGAGGAGUGAGGAGCGUUACAGGUGGAGCAGAGAGCGCCGUGCCGGAUCACUGUCAAGAAAAACAGCGGUUUCUGAUAUAGACCCGGACAACUCCCGAAGUGGGACACCAUGAAGAUGAUCUCCUCCGGCAUCCCACUCCAGUAGCUGAGCAGCAUGGCUUGUGCUCCUCCUUCCAGAGCGGACACCAGUGGCUCAUUAGCACUGCGCUGGAGGCUAACUCCAACAUAGAUACUCUCCACACAGGACACACGCAAUAUUCAAACUGGGCCGAAGCUAAUGGACUAAUCCGCACCGCGCAGGCCUGGUUAAACAUUUGUGUGUACUUUUUUUUGCAAGGAUCUUUGAAGUGAAAGAUGACCCGUGCCGGAGCGGCACAUGUGCAACACUGUGAGGUCCCCUCAGUGUAACAACAACAACAUCUGGACUGAGACCUUGGACCAUGCUCUGUCUCUGAUUGGGUGGUUUGGUGGUAGAGCUGGAGUGUGCAGCUCUUCCACACUUAGACAAACCAGGACUCUGAGCCAUGUCUCUUCUCUCAGCCCUGAGCAUUGUCUGUGGAUUGAUGCUCCGUGUUUCGCUUAGUGCACUUGACACUCACUACUGUGUCCCAAGAAAGACUGUCCCCUACCAGAGCCAGCUGAAGUCGUUUAGAGAAGAGGGGAUCUUCAACUACUCCACUAUGCUGAUGAGAGAUGACCUAGGCCUGCUGCUGCUGGGGGCGAGAGAGGCCGUAUAUGCUCUGGACAUCGACAACAUCUCUAUCAGAAAGGCUGUGGUGUAUUGGCGAGUUACCGAGGAGAAGCAGAGGGAGUGCACGUACAAGGGAAAACACGCUGAGGUGGAAUGCCGCAACUACAUUCGAACCCUGCACAAAGUGAAUGACACUACUAUGUAUGUGUGUGGCACAAAUGCGUUUAGCCCCAUCUGUGAUUAUAUGACGUUUGCUAAUGGACAGCUAAGGCUAGAGGGAAAGCAGGAGGAGGGAAAAGGGAAAUGUCCUUUUGAUCCCUUCCAGAGAUACUCCUCCCUCAUGGUUGGAAACGACCUGUACUCUGCUACAUCCAUCAACUUCUUGGGUUCAGAGCCGGUGGUUCUGCGCAGUUCAAACCUGGCUCUCCGCACAGAGUUUAAGAGCUCCUGGCUCAGUGAGCCAAACUUUGUCUACAUGGACUUUGUGGGUGAGAGUUAUCUCAGCCCUGAUGGUGAUGAUGAUAAAGUAUACAUGUUCUUCAGCGAGAAUGCCAUGGAGUACGACUUUUACAGCAAGGUUGCAGUGUCACGAGUGGCCCGUGUCUGUAAGGGGGAUAUGGGCGGCCAGCGGACGCUGCAAAGGAAAUGGACGACGUUCCUAAAAGCUCGUCUGGAUUGUUCCCUCCCUGAACCCAGCCUGCCCCCCAUUGUACAGGAUGUCUUCCUGCUGAAGCAUGAAGACUGGAGGAAGAGUGUCUUCUAUGCUGUCUUCACUCCCCAGUCGGGUUUGUCUCAGGUAUCUGCAGUGUGCGCAUACAGUGUGUCCGCCAUUAGAGAUAGCUUCAAUGAGGGAAAGUUUAAGACACCUGUUGCUGUGGAGACAUCACAUGUCAAGUGGGUGAUGUACACAGGAGAGGUGCCAGUCCCCAGACCAGGAGCGUGCAUCAAUAAUGUGGCUCGUAAAAUGGGGAUGAAUCGUUCUCUGGACCUUCCUGACAAAACCCUCCAGUUCAUCAGGGACCGUCCCCUCAUGGACGAGGCAGUUCGUCCUCUGACAGGGAGCCCACUGCUGCUUAAGAAGGGGGCCUUGCUGACUCGGAUUGUAGUGGACAGCGUGCUGGCGCUGGAUGGACAGAGAUAUGCCGUCAUGUUCAUUGGCACUGAAAACGGUUAUAUUCAGAAGGCCGUCAACUAUGAUGGAGAGAUGUUCAUCAUUGAGGAGAUUCAACUGUAUGAAAAUGCUGAACCUAUCAACAUCCUGCGCCUCUCAUCCAGCAAAGGCCAGCUAUUUGCGGGUUCAGAGUUUGGUGCUAUCCAGAUGCCAGUCAGUAACUGCAGCCGCUAUGUCACUUGUGUGGACUGCAUCCUGGCCAGGGAUCCUUACUGUGCCUGGGACUUCUCCACUGAGCAGUGCUCCUCCGUCCACAGCUUAUCCUCUUCCUCCUCAAAUACAGCAAUACAGAGUCUGGAGAAAGGAGACAUCUCGCAGUGUCCUCAGCCUGAUCCAGUACCGGCAGUGGAUUUGACCCUGAUUCCAGAGAACAACAUCCAGCUGCCUUGUGAGCUCCACUCCAACUUGGCACAGGUCAUGUGGCAGUUUUCUGGCCAAACACUUCACUCCAACCACAAAUACUACAUCUACAGCGGGGGCCUCCUCAUCCUGAGUGCUUCUGAAUCUGACGUUGGUCUGUACACCUGUGGCUCAGUGGAGCAAAUCAAUGGCAGGACAUACAACCGGACUGUGGCGGUUUAUCGUUUACAGCCCUACUCAGGCCCAGCAGUGGGGGACAACACUACUCCUGGCAGUGAGGUGAAAAAUUCCUCAGACUCUAUUCACAGUCCGAAUACAGCUUCACCGGGGGUGGGGCCAGAUCCGGACAUUGGGGACCAUGUGUCCCCAGAGCCUCAAAGUGACACUAGCAGGUUAACUGGAUUAGAGGUGGCCGUUGGCCUGCUGUCCCUGCUUUGUCUCUCACUGAUGGGGGUCAUAUUUUGGAUCUGGAGUCGAGGAGGUUUGGAAUGCUUUAAGUUUGGGCAAAGCUCCAGUGCCAACGAGGGAAAACGACAAUCUACCGAAUACAUGCACAUCCCGAACAGAACUUCAGAGAUAAAGCUCCUGGAGCCUGAGUCUGGGAGACGUUGUAGUGCCAAUAAUAAUCACUCUGCUGUUGACUUCAAAGGGAACGGGGAGCACCACUUCACACCCAUGGCCAACAUUUCAAGUCUGGACGGUCUGGGUUACAUAAAUGAUGAGUCAGAGAUUUGACUCUGCUGAGGUAUAGAAGGCUAACACCAGUGAACUAAUUACCAUCCUAUAGGUGUACCUCCAACAAGACACGGCGCUUAGAAAAAGGUUUUCACAUUAUGUAUUCUUUUGAUUGGUGUCCUCUGUCUCCUUGCCAAUUUCCAACACUGUCUAUCAUUUCUGCACUCUAACCGGGCAGCUGAUACUCUGAAAAAAGGCUUUUUACAGGAUAUCUGGGGAGAUUUUCUCCAUUUACUCCAUGAAAUAACUGAAAAGCCAAUGUUUUAUACAUGUAUUUUUUCUAUAAUGAUUAAUUGUGAAUACAUUUUGUGUAAUAUAUUGUGUACAGCAAAGACCAUUUUUUCAACUACUAUUUAUUUGUCACAGUUAAGUUUUUAUUUCUGAAAUACUUGUGAUCUACUGUAAGUCUUGUAAAUACGGCCGACAACAAUGAACAAGUAGCAAAGAACUCUUUGACCUCUAACUUCCAAGCACAUUUCAUUUAUUGGGAUUUUACUGUUUAUUUAAGACAACAUUCAACAGUCAGAGUAUUGUUCAGUCUUUUGCUGUGUUAAUUAUUAAUCAAUAGCCUGUAUUCUUUUAUAUUCAGGUGGCUGUUAAAAAAUGGACUACAGAUACACCUCUGUGUUUAAGCAGUCAAAUGCUCAUACUGUCUGUGAUAAAGAGUGAACUCUGUAGCUCUUUUGUCUGUAGCAAAAAAAAAAAAAAGAUUAUUUCACUCCAGUAAAUGUUACAUCAUCUUUGAGAGUGAGCUAGUGUAACCAGGGUACACAUCUAUAUUUCUAUAUUCAAAGCAUAUAUUUUGGUCUAACUAUAAAAAAUAAAAAAAAUUCAUUGGGACGUAGAAUUGUGAGUGUACGAUUUUGUCAGUGAAUUUGCAUCAGAGACGGAUCAAAAAUGUAAAUGUUGGUUUUUGGUGUCAAACUUUUGGAAAAUGCAGCAGCCCUUGUUCAUAAUAAUAAUAAUGAUAAUGAUUAAACUUUUUGACGUGUAUGUAGCUGUCAGUAAUUAUUACCUUCUUUCUCACACAGACAGCAAAUUUGUUUGAACGUGAUACAGGUAAACUUCACCUGAUGUGCUUUGUGUCAUGAUUUCCCCAAACAGAUGCUUUUGUGGUUUGUGUUUCGGGACAACGAAAAAACACACACAGACUACAAACAUAACUCACACCUGCCUGUUUUUGUUAAAAAAAAAAAAAAAAGAAGAAGAAAAAAAAAAUCUGAGACCACACCAAAUUACAGCAAUGUAGUCUGAAUCUGCUCUGUGUUUUUCACACUCUGUCAUUAACAACAAUGAUUACAUAACAAUUAAUGCUCAGAGCCGCCUCAUGAUUCAUCUCAAACAAGCAGUUAUGAAAGGGUUGAAGUGGGUCUCUGUUUAAUUAUUCAGCAGUGCAGUAUAAGAAAGUUGCCAUGCCAUUAAGGUUAUACAUUUGUCUUAUCAAUAAAUCAAUAAAAUACUACCAAAGCAGUUGCAUAGAUUUUGCUGUUAAAAAUGUAUUCCAGCAUACUUUAAAAUUAAAAUCUCACUGAUAUGCUCAGUCUAGGAAUAAUAUACACCAGGGAAUUAAGACAAGCUGCACAGCAACUAUUGUUGUCAGUUUAUUUAUUCUAAAAUAAAAAGCCAGUGGGCUUGCUUGGUAAGUUUCAGAAAUCACUCUUAGGUUUUUUUUUAGCUGCCCUCUCUCCUCUUCAUCAUCCUCCAAAGUUUUAAUGAGGUUUUUUCUCUUUUAAAUUCAGCUGCUUGUGAGCUAUUCUAUGAUGCUCACAGUCUUUUUUUCUAUCUUACACUCAGUUCCUUCAAACAUCCCUCACUUACAUUUCUGAGUAAAUCAAUGUCUCAGCAGCAUCUCAUCGCCUGGGUGAAAGAUUCAACACUUUCUCUUUUUCCUUUGUUUCAAACAUCGCAAAACCAACAGGGCUGACCAGACUGAACAAGUGACUGACAGGAGUCUGAUUGUCCAAAUAUGCUGUUGAGACCUGAAGCCAAAGUUUUCUAAUGUCUUAAUCCCAUCCAACCUUCAAUUAUUACAAAGAUAAUCAAAAAUAGAAAUGCUACUGUCUUCACACAGCACCUUUAUGUGAAAAGACAGUGUGGGAAAAGUGUAAGACUUCAUAUCAUCAAAAAUCCCUACCUUAAUGGUUCUUAUACAUUCAACUAGGACAGACAGUGUGAAUAAGAAUAUUUAUUGAAAUGUUGCAAUAUUUCAAGGUUACUUGAACAUAUCCAUAAUAUUUUGUCACUUAUCAAACAACAGAGAAAAAUCAAAAUACUCAUUUUGGCAGUUGGCCAUGAAGGACACUUUAGUAAGAAGAAAAGUAAAAUGAAUUUUUAAGUCGUGGCACCUUGUUCCUCCAACUGGUGCUCACACUUCAUAAAGGCUUUGACUAAAUCAUUGAGCCAAAAAAAUAAAAAAUAAAUGGUUGAAAUGUGGUGCAGUAAACUGCACCAAAGCCACAAUCGUUGUUUUUGGGUUUUUUAAACCCCAGAUGUCUGUUUGAAUGACAGAAAGAGAGCUGAAAUAUCAGACUGCAUUUACACAGUCUGACUACUGUACAUUUACAUGCAAGAUUCCACUCAAUUGCUGAUCCGUCUGUAAAUGUUUAUAUUUCAAUCAGCCAAUUGGGAUGUGUGUCUGUUUACACAGUUUACAUGAGGUUGGUUCCUUUACAUAAGUAAAUUAUAUCCAGUUUCAAUCCUAUUUCAGGCUGCAUGCAAGCACACUGCAGUCACUUCAUACCAAAAUUCAGUCUAUCUGGGUGAAAGUGACUGGAACAUUUCAACAACUGAUAAGGUGCUCUAAUGGCAGGGCACUGGCCACUAAAAGCAAAUAGUGUAGCUUUGGAACAUUAGAAACUGAGAAAUACUGAAUCAGAGAACAACAAAAUAUCUACUUUGGGUGUGACUAUUUUUUUUCCCAGUAUCAAAAUAAUGGAAAGUGAUAUGGCACAUCAGCGAACAGUGAAAAAUCAGAGAGGUUACGCACCAACAUCUUUUGAAAUGUUUCCAGACGUUGCUUCACUGAAGCACAAGUCCAACUUAAAACAAAAAUGCAGCAUGUGUUAGGCGAAAGUCAAGCUAGACAUUUUUGACAUGCAAAGAC